AUGGACGAAGUAAAAGAAAAGGAUCCAAUAGAUGGAACUCAAACUACCAAAAUAAAGAUAGCUACAAAUCAAGAAAAGGCCAAAGUCUUAGUCCUCUUGAGCCAUCAUAUUCAUGAUAGCCUUAAAUCAGAAUAUUUAUUUAUAAAAGAUCCCAAAACAUUGUGGGAUUCUCUUGUUGAAAGAUUUGAUCACCACAAAAGGGCGCUUCUUCCACAAGCUGGCCAUGAGUGGAAGAAUUUAAGAUUUUCUGAUUUUAAGACUCUCAGUGAGUACAAUUCAACAUUAUACCGAAUUGCAUCAAUGUUGAAAUAUUGUGAGCACCUGCAUAAUGAUCUUGUCUGGAAAAAUUAUAAUAUGAGACCUAUUGGAUCUCAAGCUAUCCGUGAGACACACUCUACUAAAACACAUGUGCCUGAAGCACAUGCUGUUGAAAAUAAAGGCCGUAGAAAUUAUAAUAACCGUGGUAGAGGACGCGGAAAUUUCCGAGGAAGAGGACGAGGACAAGGUCGUGGAAAUUUUAAUGGACAUGGUAGAAAGUUUCAAGGAUUCGGCUGA